AUGGACUCCGACGGCACGCUGGCCAGCGGCUCCAAUUACGAGCAGUCCAUCGAACUCGGCAACAUCCCCGACGACACCACUUGGUCACUCAAGCACAAGGUUGAAGCAGUGAGGCAGAGAGAUGAACGAUCCGGAUUUCCUCCUCGACAACUCGGCGUAACGUGGCAGAAUCUUACGGUUCAGGCUGUCAGCUCCGACGCGUCGAUACACGAGAACGUACUCUCCCAGUUCAACAUUCCCAAACUAGUCAAGGAGUCUCGCCAUAAGCCUCCUUUGAAGACAAUCCUAGACAACACGCACGGAUGUGUCAAGCCUGGGGAGAUGCUCUUGGUCCUUGGCCGACCCGGAUCGGGAUGCACAACACUGCUGAACAUCUUGGCGAACCAUCGCCGGGGUUACAGCUCAGUCACUGGUGACGUUCACUACGGCUCAAUGACGGCUGAGGAAGCCCAACAGUACCGGGGUCAGAUCGUUAUGAACACGGAGGAAGAGCUCUUUUUCCCUACCCUUACAGUCGGUCAGACAAUGGAUUUUGCCACCCGUCUCAAGAUUCCCUUCCAUUUGCCCGAAGGUGUCUCGUCCAACGAAGAACUCCGAGUCGAGAACCGAGACUUCCUGCUUGAGUCCAUGGGCAUCCAACACACGUUUGACACCAAGGUCGGUAAUGAGUACGUUCGUGGUGUAUCCGGUGGUGAAAGGAAGCGUGUUUCCAUCAUCGAGUGUAUGGCAACGAGGGGCUCCGUAUUCUGCUGGGAUAACAGCACAAGAGGCUUAGAUGCCAGCACGGCGUUGGAGUACACCAAAGCUGUGCGUGCGAUGACCGACGUCCUCGGUCUCGCGUCCAUCGUCACUCUCUACCAGGCAGGCAACGGUAUCUAUAACCUCUUUGACAAGGUCCUUGUUCUCGAUAACGGCAAGGAGAUGUACUAUGGACCCAUGAAGGAAGCUAGACCCUUCAUGGAACGCCUGGGUUUCAUCUGCUCCGACGGUGCCAACGUAGCCGAUUUCCUGACUGGUGUUACGGUCCCCACGGAACGCGCCGUUCGACCGGGCUACGAGAAGACCUUUCCUCGCAAUGCCGACGCCCUGAGAGCGGAGUAUGAGAAGUCGGAGAUUUACCCUAGAAUGAUUGCCGAGUACGACUUCCCAACGAAAGAGGAGACUAAAGAAAAGACAAAGCUCUUCAAGGAGGGUGUUGCUGGCGAGAAGCAUAAGCAGCUUCCCGCUAAAAGCCCUCUCACGACGAGUUUCGCUACGCAGGUCAAGGCUUGUAUCACUCGACAAUACCAGAUUCUCUGGGGUGACAAGGCCACCUUCAUCAUCACUCAGGUAUCUACGUUGGCCCAAGCCCUCAUCGCCGGUUCCCUUUUCUAUAACGCUCCAAACAAUUCCGGUGGAUUGUUCUUGAAGGGUGGCGCCCUCUUCUUUGCCCUCCUCUUCAACAGUCUUUUGUCCAUGUCCGAGGUUACCAACUCUUUCUCCGGCCGGCCAGUCCUGAUCAAGCACAAGGCGUUCGCCUACUACCACCCGGCAGCAUUCUGUAUUGCGCAGAUUGCUGCUGACAUCCCGGUUAUUCUUUUCCAGGUCUCCGUCUUCUCUGUCGUCCUCUACUUCAUGGUCGGGUUGAAGACAUCGGCUGCGGCGUUCUUCACUUUUUGGGUCGUAGUCGUUGCAACGACUAUGUGUAUGACGGCCAUGUUCCGCUCCAUUGGUGCUGGUUUCACGACCUUCGAUGGUGCCUCCAAGGCUUCUGGUUUCAUGAUCUCCGCGUUGAUCAUGUACUGUGGUUACAUGAUCCAGAAAUCCCAGAUGCAUCCAUGGUUUGUCUGGAUCUUCUGGAUUAAUCCUCUAGCUUAUGCCUUCGACGCGCUCAUGGCAACCGAAUUACAUCAACAGCUGAUCCCUUGCACCGGACCCAAUCUUGUGCCGAACGGCCCGGGGUACACGGAUCCGGCCCACCAGUCAUGUGCCGGUGUUUCGGGUGCCACUCAGGGAGCGACUUCUCUCACUGGUGACCAGUAUCUGUCGGCGCUCUCUUAUAGUCACAGCCACGUCUGGAGAAACUUUGGUAUCGUUUGGGCCUGGUGGGUCCUCUUUGUCACACUCACCAUCAUCUCCACCUCUAAGUGGCGCUCAUCCGCUGAGGGAGGAUCAUCUCUUCUUGUUCCCCGCGAGAACGCGAAGGUCACCCGCGUUCUUCGCGAGGAUGAAGAGGCACAGUCGUCUGAGGAGGCAGCCACAGAGAAGGAUAAAAGUGGUGGCGAGACCCGCGAUGGCGACGAUGUCAACCAGAGCCUCGUUCGCAACACCUCUAUCUUCACCUGGAAGAACCUCACAUACACCGUCAAAACCCCGUCAGGAGAUCGCGUGCUGCUCGACAACGUUGAGGGCUGGGUAAAGCCGGGUAUGCUCGGCGCUUUGAUGGGCUCCUCUGGUGCUGGAAAGACCACCCUUCUUGAUGUCCUGGCUCAGCGCAAGACCGACGGCACGAUCCACGGAUCCAUCAUGGUUGACGGUCGUCCAUUGCCCGUUUCCUUCCAGCGAUCGGCCGGAUACUGCGAGCAGCUGGAUGUUCACGAGCCCUACGCCACUGUCCGUGAAGCUUUGGAAUUCUCGGCUCUUCUGAGACAAAGCCGUGAUACCCCUCGCAAGGAGAAGCUGGCAUACGUCAACACCAUCAUCGACCUCCUAGAGCUUCAUGAUCUUGCCGACACCCUCAUCGGUCGCGUUGGAAACGGCCUUUCUGUUGAACAGAGGAAGCGCGUCACCAUCGGCGUCGAAUUGGUAUCGAAGCCUAGCAUUCUCAUCUUCCUUGACGAGCCCACGUCUGGUCUGGAUGGUCAAUCUGCAUACAACACGGUCCGCUUUCUCCGCAAGCUGGCAGAUGUCGGUCAAGCCGUCCUCGUCACCAUUCAUCAACCUUCCGCUCAGCUUUUCUCCCAGUUCGACACUCUGCUCCUGCUUGCCAAGGGCGGCAAGACCGUCUACUUUGGCGACAUUGGCGACAACGCAAAGACCAUCCGCGACUACUUCGGGCGCUACGGUGCUCCUUGUCCCGAGGAAGCUAACCCGGCUGAGCACAUGAUCGAUGUCGUCUCCGGUCACCUGUCCAAGGGCAAAAAUUGGAACGAAGUUUGGCUUUCCUCUCCUGAACACGAUGCUGUCGUCAAGGAACUGGACCACAUGAUUGAAGACGCCGCCUCUAAGCCUCCUGGUACCACCGACGACGGGCACGAGUUUGCUCUUCCCCUUUGGGAUCAAGUCAAGAUCGUCACCCAUCGCAUGAACGUCGCACUCUACCGCAACAUCGACUAUGUCAACAACAAGUUUGCGCUGCAUAUUUUCUCCGCCCUCUUCAACGGCUUCUCCUUCUGGAUGAUUGGUGACUCCGUUGGCGAUAUCACCAUGCGCCUCUUCACAAUCUUCAACUUCAUCUUUGUCGCCCCUGGUGUGCUCGCCCAACUGCAGCCCCUCUUUAUCGACCGCCGCGAUAUAUUCGAGACCCGCGAGAAGAAGUCCAAGAUGUACUCCUGGAUCGCUUUCGUUACGGGCUUGAUUGUCUCUGAGGUGCCCUAUCUCAUCAUUUGCGCUGUCCUUUACUUCGUUUGCUGGUACUACACCGUGGGCUUCCCGGGCGACUCGACCCGCGCUGGCGCAACCUUCUUCGUUAUGCUUAUGUACGAGUUCGUCUACACAGGUAUCGGCCAGUUCAUCGCCGCUUACGCCCCCAACGCUGUCUUCGCAUCCCUGGUCAACCCGCUCAUCAUCGGAAUCCUCGUCUCCUUCUGCGGUGUUCUCGUACCUUACUCCCAGCUCCAGACUUUCUGGAGGUACUGGAUGUAUUGGCUCAAUCCCUUCAACUACCUCAUGGGCAGCAUGCUUGUCUUCGAUGUUUGGGGCACCAAGGUUCAGUGCAAGGACGAGGAGUUUGCGCUCUUUGAUCCGCCUAACGGUACGACGUGUGCGCAGUACCUGGCGGAUUAUAUGCACGGCAUGGGCUCGAGCAGCAACCUCGUAAACCCUGAUGCGACGGCUGGGUGCCGUGUGUGCCAGUACCGCGAUGGCAGCGACUACCUGCAGACGAUCAACCUCAAGGAGUACUAUUACGGCUGGCGCGAUGCGGCGAUUGUCGUCAUCUUCGCCAUCAGCUCGUACUCUCUGGUCUACCUUCUCAUGAAGCUUCGUACCAAGACUUCCAAGAAGGCGGAGUAA